CACAAACGUCGGUGUACGCAUGCGCGGUACUGACAUGAAUAAAGAGAAGCAGCUGACGACGAAGACGUUUACUAAUUGACUUGAAAAUUAAAUGCUGAUGUGCAUGAAAUGCAGGCCAGUAUGACAAGUACAGGUUGAUCCUACAAACAUGUUGGACCCAGAUGAUGGUGUCGUGGAGAGUAGUGGGGUCAACACAGAACCCCAACAGCUGCCGGAUGUCGUUGGAGUUGUGCCCUCCUCUUUUGAAGAUUCAGUUCAGGAAGUAAACAAUCAAGUUUUGGGAGAUGAAUCGGAAGAGGGGGGUUGUUUACCGGACAAUGAUAACCCAGAGGCAGCCGCAUCAAGUCAAAACAAAAGAAAUGUUACUUUUCCUGCAGAUUCGUUGGUCAAAGGUUAUCUUGACCCCCCUGAUCCAUGGAGGAACGUUGGUGAAUGGACCACAAAUGAUCUCGUGAGGGAAUAUAAGAAAGGUUGUGAAAGUCAUGGCAUCAAACCUCUUAAUAAAGUAGUGCAGCAACUUCAGGGUAUAGAGUACACAAAUGGAAGAUUUGAAAUACUGAGUUUACGCGGGGAACGUCUGGAUAUAAAGCAGUGUGAGAGUCUGGAAUCAAUUCUGAGGAUGGUGCAGUUUCGUUGUUUAGAUUUAGAAGCAACACAUCUGGAUGAUGAGUCUGCAGUGGCAUUAUUUGACAUGGUGGAGUAUUAUGAGAGUGCCUGUAAAGUCAACAUUGCAUUCAAUAAAAAUAUUUCAGGCAGGGGAUGGCAGGGCUGUGCUCGAAUGAUUAGAAAGACACCAUGUUUGACGUUUCUUGAUGCUAGAAACUGUGAUUUGAAUGAGAGGGUUAUUCCAAUCAUUGGCCGCUCCCUCAGAAUGGGCUGCUUUCUCACAACCAUUCAUUUAGAAAACACCUUGAUUUCUGGGCGAGCUAUGGUUAUUUUAGUGGCAGCGCUAAAAAUGAAUGAGGUUUUAACAGAGCUUUUUCUUGCUGACAACAAACUAAUGCCUACUGAUGGCAUACAACUAGGAAACCUCCUCAAGUACAACCACAAACUGCAGCUACUGGAUGUCCGAAACAAUAAUCUACAGGAUAUUGGUGUGAGCCACAUUUGUGACGGAAUUUAUGAGCAGACACUUGAUACAGGGCUGCUGACCUUGGUUCUAUGGAACAACCAGCUGACCUAUCAAUCUAUGUCUGCAGUAUCAAAAGCUCUGAGCAGCACUCACAAUCUAGAAACUUUAAACCUCGGACACAACAACAUAACCAAUGAGGGCAUUCAUCUAUUGAAGGAAGGUCUGCUGGUCAGUAAGUCCCUGCUGAGACUGGGUCUCCAGGGCACCAAGAUCAGCUGUGAAGGUGCUGUUGCCCUCGCAGAAGCCGUGGCUGACAGUCCGCGCCUCCUGCGAUUAGAUCUCAGGGAGAACGAGGUCAAGACAGCGGGACUUAUGGCGUUAUCUUUGGCCCUCAAAGUCAAUCAGACGGUCACUCGGGUCGACCUAGACCGGGAAACAAAGAAAGAGUCGGGAGUGAAAGAUUACAUGGAACAGCAGAAACGUCUUCAACAGGACAUAAACUCCUUUACAGAGAGAAACCGAGACAUGCAACGUAAGAGAGAGGCUGAAUUAAGAGAGAGUAAGAAACAGAAAAAGACUCCUAAUGAAGAUUUGGAAAUAGUAGGGACUGGGGAGAAUGCUCCAAUCUCACUGUUACCGCCUGAUUCUACAGUCAGGAGACCUUCCCUGUUAGUGAUAGAAACAGCAGCUGAAUCAAUGCUGGACUCCCCUGUAGCUAGUGAAGUGUUCAGAGCUCCCGUUGUGGCCCCCAUUUUGACAAGUACUCCUCCUGGGGAACUUCUCCUAAGUCCCCAGUACACAACGGCUGUAAAAGCCAAAAAGAUAUUCACUGUUUCGAAAGUUGACAUUCAGUCCCUGCUGUCACCCACCGGGCCAAUGGUCUCGACCAUCCCCGUCCUGUCUCCUUCCUCUCUCCUCACUACCAGCACUGCUCUCUCUCAGGGGGACACCAUUCCCACUCAGAUUACUCCAGCAACUCUACAAACUAUUCUGGCCAAUCCAAUACUCUGUGCACCUUUAGGAAGUGUGCCAGCACCACCAGAAUCUUCAAUUAGUGACUUACAAAUAAAACCAGAGACGACCAUCACUGAAUUUGUCAAGGAUAUUUUGAUUGAUAUAGCUGAAAAUGCAACCGCUGUGUGUGAUCAGUGCCAACAUAGCAAUGGUGAGGAGGAGACCUCAAAAACAGAGGAUUUCUCAAAUACAGACACCAGCAAAGGGGAAACGAAGACUUCUUGUACAGAUGCUCCCUUAAAUACAGACACAAGCAAUGCAUGUAACAAUGAAAACAUUGGUACGGAAAACUCUAUUCUUUCUACCCCUAAUCUUUUGAAAGAAUCAGGUCAUAACAAUUCUGAAAAUGAGCAAUGGACUCAAAUUGAAUCUUCAGAAAUACCUUCUUCAGUCAUGAAUGGUCAUGCAGUGUUAAGUAAAACAACAGAGAAUCCAAAUUUCCAGUCUUCUCUCACAAUGAAUGGACUAACAGAGGAGUUAGCAAGUGUCCUGGAGAGUAUUGAAAACAAGGCCGAUCCAGAUGCUGCUUCUCCUCCAGAUGAAUUUGAGCGAGAACUUGAUGCCAUGUUAGCAGAGGUCCAGUGUGGUAACAACAUUCCUUUUUCUACAAACCGGGGAUCAAACCCGGGCCUCAUAAAUCUCUUGUUGGGUGCGCUAUCAACAAAGGUUGGAUGUGGACUAGCAGGAGAAGCAGGUCCCCGUUGCAUUGUUCCAAGUCAAGUAAAGAAUAAAGUUACUGGAAAGGUUGAAAAAUUAUGGGAUUUUGAGACAGUUGAUCAACUGUAUGAAAACUUGAAGGACUUUUUAUUUAAUUUAUACUUCAGACACUUGCUUGUGAAUGCAAAAGACAGACGAGUUGUAAUUUGUGAAUCAAUAUUGUGCCCUUCAGCAUUCAGAGAUACCCUUGCCAAAGUCUUAUUUAAGCACUUUGAGGCCUCUUCUGUCCUGUUUGCUGUCGGACAAGUAAACUGUUUGUUGGGGCUGGGAACCCACACCGGACUGGUGGUCGAUGUCGGUUAUAACGAGACCGUUGUUCUUCCUGUAUAUGAAGGAAUUCCUGUAUUAAAAGCUCUACAGUGUGUGCCACUGGGAGGAAAGUCCAUUCAUAAGAGAAUUGAAUCUCAGCUAAAAGAGACAGGAAAAAUUACAACAGGAAGCAAGGAGGAAGAACCAUUGUCCACAGUGCCAGAUUGUUUAAAUGAAGAAAUAUUAGAGGAUAUUAAAGUGAGAUGUUGCUUUGUAACAAAAUUACAACGUGCCAGUCAAAUACACAAAGUCACGCUACAUGGAGAGGACCAGUCAGAGCUCCCUUCACCACCUCCUGGUGUUAAGUACCCUCUGGAUGGGAAUCGUCUGUUGCUGGUAAAUGGAGAUGUCAGAGAGCACAGUUGUGAGGUUUUAUUUGAACAAGACAAUGAGCAACAGUCUAUAUCUACCAUAAUUCUGGAUGCCAUUAUCAAUGCCCCCAUUGAUAUGAGACGUGAUUUAGCAGAGAAUAUAGUGAUUAUUGGAGGUACCUCCAUGCUGCCCGGCUUCCAUCACAGGCUGUGUGUAGAGUUGUACCAUCUCCUUAAAAACAACAAGUAUCAGAAUGAGCUAUCCAUCAAACUAUUCAAGUUCCACAAACUUCUGACCAAAGAGAACUGUGCUUGCUGGCUUGGAGGAGCUAUGUUGGGAGCCCUGGAAACCCUGCCCAGCAAGUCUAUCUCCCGGGACACCUACCUACAGACCGGGAAACUUCCUGACUGGUGCUGUCUGUCCGAGGAAACAGAGGAGCAAGAGAAGGCCACAGCAAGGAGCUAGUGAGGGUAUGAGGACCUUGUGAGAAUAUUAUUGAGGACACGAGGAGAUAGUGAGGACAUAAAGUACUAAACACAACCAGACGAAUCCAGCUGCCAAGGAAGUUUAUCAUUUUCAUUUGAUGGGUUGUGGGUUUAAAGAAGAUAUAACAAAAUUAUGUGCAAUAAAUAUUAAUUUAAAUUGUAUCUACUUAUAUAUGUAUCAGUAAUUAAAGAAGCAGAAAUAUU